AUGUUAGGAACAACUCGUUCUUGUCUCAAUACAUUCCUUACAAAAUCGGUGGCCGCUGCUCCUAUUACGGCAAUUCGUACUGGACCAAAAUGGUGGGCAGAACCGGAACGCAUGGUGCGACACAAAAUUAUGUACUUUACACUGGGAAUUGAUCAACUUCCACUUCGCCGUACGGCUAUUAUUCAGAAGGAUUUACAUCGAUUCCAUAUGUGUAAACCGCCGAUGCGAGUGGGAGACACAACAGGAUAUAAACGUUCCCGAGCCGCACAACUUACCACAUGGUAUAGACGAAUUCAAUAUCAGGAGUAUCACAUGCAACAUCUUUUUACUCGUCAUGUUUGGGGUCUGUUGCGGGUUUACCCCGGCAACACCACGAAAAUACAGGGCAAAGCGGAUGAUGGUUAUGUUGGAUACGAUUCUGUACCUUAUCACCGUUAUAAUCGUUCCCCACUGCCCUUCCCAGCUCGUGAAAUUUAUGAGCGAAGGAAGUAG